UUGGCUCUGAUAAAGCUUCAUAACCAAUGGGAAUGCUUUUUGAAUUAGUGUAGAGUGUCCUUAAUGCUGGAAUAAUCCCGCUGGCCAGGACCCUGGAGCUGCACAAAUGAGAAGAGAAUUCAGGAAACUUUGUUGUUUACACAUGUGUCUACAAUUGAGAAGCUAGAGCAGCCUUGCAAGCCCAGAGGGCCUUAAAAGAUAAAUUCAAAUUUUGAUCCCAUUCAUCAAUUAAUCAAGGAAUCACAAAUCUUCUAGAUGCAGCAGUCAUCAGUUAAACCACACUGUGACAGGGUAGCACCUGCCUCCUCCCCCAGGGAUCCCAUUAAUUCUUGCUUUCCACAUUAUGGGCUGCAAGCUCACACCAGCCACAGUUUCAGUGCUCACUCAUUCAACACCAACAGCUGGGAUGUUAGUGAAGAACUUCGACUGCAGGAACUUGAAGAAGUCAAGGCCAGAGCUGCUCAGAUGGAAAAGACCAUGCGAUGGUGGUCAGACUGCACUGCCAAUUGGAGAGAAAAAUGGAGUAAAGUUCGAGCAGAAAGGAACAGUGCCAGGGAGGAAGGAAGACAACUCAGAAUAAAAUUAGAGAUGACAGUGAAGGAAUUGAGUGUGCUUAAAAAGAAACAAAGUCUGUUACUGCAAAAGGAAGCAUCAGAAGCCAAUAUCACCCAGGACCUGGAGCUUCCUACUUUUGUAGACAUGUCCUACAGGGAUGAAGACCAAUUUCAAACUACUUCACAAAUGUAUGAUUCUAUUGGGAAGUAUUUGGUGAAAAGACAAUUUCCUAUAGAGAAGAACACAAAUAGUAAGGAAGGUGUGGUUAUUGACCCUUUCCAAUUAAAUGAGGCGAUGAAGACCAAUUCAGAUUUUACUGAUGUAUUCAAAAGUAUUGGUUCUGGAAACUGUGCUAUGGUCCCUGCGCUCAGACUACAAGCAAUAAAUCUGCCUUCAGAGGAGGAAGGAGCUAAAAUUUCAGCUUUGCAAAUCCAUUUGGUUAAGUUACAGCAAACCUUACAGAAAGAAAGAGAAAUGCGUGCAGCUUUGGAAAAAGAAAUAGAACAAAUGGAGUCAGCUUUGUCUCUGUGGAAACGGAAGUAUGAAGAACUGAAAGGAUCAAAGGCAUCAAAUGGGAAAGAGUUCGUGAUCAGCUGGCUCCAAAGAAGAAACAGCAAGGGAGAAUGGGAUGGUGGAGGAAAAGCUGCUCAUGUCAUGGUGGCCAGGAAGCAGAGAGAGAAGAGGGAAGCCAUAGAGGAGAUAUGCCUUACCAGGUCAAACGUCCAGUCACCCACUUCUAACCAGUUUGACAUUCUUCAUGGUCAACAUGAAAAUGAAAUGGAACAAAUAUCAGGAGAUAUAAAGGAAGAAUUGAUUUCUCAAAACAACAAUGAUAAACUCAUCUGUGAGUUAGGAUCAGAGCUACAGAGAUUGCAAGCUGAAAAUCCUUCAGGGUGGGACAACACAGAAUUAAUUGAAACAGAAAAACAAGGACUAGAGAGAGAAAACAGAAGACUAAAAGUCCAGUUGAACGAAAUAGAAGAGCUCCUGGAAAGGAAAAACAGAUUAGGUGUAAACUUUCAAAGUCCUGAUGUCAAGACAUCACAAAUUGAAUUGCAAGAAAAGAACAAUGCAUGGUGUUCCUGGAAGCAUCUGUUCUCUUACUGUGUAUUUCCUUCUGAUGCUUAGGUGGGUGCUGCUUUCUCCCUGGUCCACCUCCACAUCUGAAUAUAUCUCUUUGUGCUAAUAUCUGACAGCUUGCUCUUUUCCUGUUUUAAUAAAUGUAAUGUUGCUUAUGUAUCUGAAAUAGAGUGUAACAAAUUUUGGAUGAAAAUGUGAAAAUAUGACAAAGGAAGACAAGAUGCAUCUUGUUUUGCUUUCCAUUAUAGCGUUGUGUGAGUAUUUUCUAAGCUAUUGAGCUUAUUUUCAAUAAAUGUGCUUAUCUACUAAUUUGAGCAUCUCUACAACAGCAUUUAUUGGUACCUAUGAUAAGUAUUUGCAUAAACAUUUAAAUUUACCUGAGGCUUACUGUUCUCUGAUUCCAUUUUUUGUCUCAGAAUGAUUAUUUUGAUAGGGGCCAGAGAUUUAACUCAGUGGCAUGGCGCCUGUCUCCCAAGAGAAAGGCCCUGAGUUCGAUCCCUGGUACCACAAAAAACAAAAAACAACAAAAAAGAAAAACAAUAACCCCCCCAAGAAUCAUUAUUUUUAGUCAAUUAAAUGCAACUUUUUUUCAAAGAGCUCUUUUAACCAUAAUGUGAAAACCAGGAUUAAAUUCAAAAAUUUAACUUUGGCAAAUUUAGAUUGUCUGGAUGUUUUUCCUUUAAGCCAAUAGAGAUGGGGCCUAUAGAAAGGAACGUUUUUUUCUUUUUAUAAAUAAUUUGCAGACUUUUAAAUGUACUUUCAGUGA